ACACAUUUGUUAUAUCUCAGGUAACCUACCUCUGCCAAACACGCCAUAAUCACAAUUAAAAAUACAAGAGGCAUAACCUUAAGCAACCGCAUACAGUCAAAUUGAACAUUCUCUUUCCUCCAUAAAAAUAAUCAAGCUCACUUAAUUAUUCCCACACAAUCACAAAAUGGCAUUAUGCUUGAAGCCACCAAGGCUACACCACAGCAACAAUAAUGAAGAUGACUCUGCAGUCUUCUUGGCGCCACCACCACCAAUAAAUCAAUUCAAAACUGCUUACAAACUUCACGUCAGAAACCUCUCCUAUACUCUGCACCAAAACAACACCACUUCCUUCUCAUUAUGUCAAAAGCCUAAGCCUGUGACAAUACUCAAGUCUGUGACUUUUGUUGCAAGGUGUUCGGAGAUAGUUGCGGUGGUGGGUCCCAGCGGGACAGGAAAGUCCACUCUUCUCCGGAUAAUCUCCGGGCGGGUGAAAGAAAAAGAUUUCGAUCCCAAGAGCAUAUCGAUCAAUGAGCAGCCAAUGACCAUGCCAGCACAAUUGAGGAAGCUUUGUGGAUUUGUGCCACAAGAGGACAACCUGCUUCCUCUUCUAAGCGUCAAAGAAACUCUUCUCUUCAGCGCCAAGUUCAGACUCAAGGAAAUGACACCAAAACAACGAGAAUUGCGUGUCGAAAGCUUGAUGCAAGACCUAGGCCUUUCCCACGUGGCAGAUACUUUCGUUGGAAAUGAAGACAACAGAGGUAUAUCAGGUGGCGAGAGGAAAAGAGUUUCGAUUGGGGUUGACAUGAUUCAUGACCCUCCAAUCCUGCUCUUAGAUGAACCAACAUCAGGCCUAGACAGUACUUCGGCAUUGCAAGUCAUCGAGCUUCUUUCUUCGUUGGUCAAAGCAAAGAAGAGGACAGUGGUUCUGUCAAUCCACCAACCCGGUUACAGAAUAUUGCGCUACAUUUCUAGGUUCUUGAUCCUCUCCAAUGGCUCAGUGGUUCACAACGGUACCCUAGAUUCCCUUGAGGAAGCCAUUACCAAAUUGGGCUUUCAGAUUCCCAUGCAACUCAAUGCUUUGGAAUUCUCCAUGGAAAUCAUACGCACCUUACAAGAUUAUUCCGGUUCCAAAACCACUGAGCUGGAAGAAAACGAGCCAUUAUUUCCAAACCCCAUGUACCCAGUGGAAGGAAACAGCGCUAUGAUGACAUUUUGUUAUGCAAACUUGGUUGAGAUAUGGUUCCUUUGCUCAAGAUUCUGGAAGAUUAUUUAUAGGACAAAGCAGUUAUUCUUGGCAAGAACAAUGCAAGCAUUGGUUGGUGGAUUUGGGUUAGGAAGUGUUUACAUAAAAAUAAGGAAGGAUGAAGGAGGAGUAGCAGAAAGGUUAGGGUUAUUUGCAUUUAGCCUUAGUUUUUUGCUGUCUUCAACGGUUGAAGCGCUUCCAAUAUACCUUCAAGAAAGGCGUGUUGUGAUGAAAGAAGCGUCAAGGGGAGCCUAUAGAAUCUCCAAUUACAUGAUAGCCAACACUUUUGUGUUCCUUCCUUUCUUGUUUCUAGUUUCCAUAUUAUUUGCAGUUCCGGUGUAUUGGCUCGUAGGACUCAACCCUUCAAUCAGCGCCUUCGGAUUCUUCGCUUUAGUCGUGUGGUUCAUCGUCCUCAUGGCCAGUUCUCUCGUGCUCUUCUUGAGCGCGGUGUCACCUGAUUUCAUAUCCGGCAACUCUCUGAUUUGCACAGUCCUGGGAGCUUUCUUCCUCUUCUCUGGAUACUUCAUUCCCAAGGAUAGCAUCCCAAAGUAUUGGCUUUUCAUGUAUUAUGUGUCACUCUAUAGGUACCCUUUGGAUGCACUCAUCACAAAUGAGUACUGGAAUAAGAGAAAUGAGUGCUUUUCAUUCUCAUCAUCUUCUUCUUAUUCCAAGUGCUUGACUACUGGCUUUGAUGUGUUGAAGAGUAGAGGGCUUGAAAAGGAUGAGAGGUGGAUGAACGUGGGAAUAAUGUUUGGAUUCUUUCUCUUUUAUCGUCUGCUUUGUUGGCUUAUACUUUCACGAAAGGCCUCCAAGUCAAUUAUAUGAGAGACACAACCUCAAAGCUCACAGAUACAUUAACAUUAACAUUAUUAUUCUUCAUUUUA